AUGGUCGUUGAAAAUGUUGAUGAAAGUGUUGUUUCUUCUUCAGAAAAUGAUAUUAUAGAGGACAAAAAAUUUGGAUGUCUUGGAGCAAAUCGCUAUAUUAUUUUGGUUUUGGCAUUAUUUUUCCUGUCGUUUAAUUUGUCAGGGUAAGUCUAAUUAAAAGUUUAAAUUUUGAGAGAUUUUAGCGUUGAAGUAAUAUCAAAACUUGAAGAAUUUCUGGCUAAAGGGUUAGAACUUCCUAUACAAAAUUCUGGUAGAUCAAAAAAUGCCAUUUUUCAGAAAAAUGUUGAUAAAAUUACUGGAAAUUCAUGAGUGUCUAGAAUAUUCUUUACGAAAGUUGUCGAAAAAUCUUGAUCUACAAUUUUUUCCACUGAAAUAUUCAUAUUCGAAUCAUGAAACAAUAACAACUUUUAUUAUUGUUUUCAUUACAUUUCCAUAAUAUUCCCAUUUAUCAAAACAACAUGUUUUUCUCUCGAAAUUUAUUCAUUUUCAGUCUAAUCGCUUAUAAUGCAACAUAUGUUUCAAUUGUGAAUUUGAAAUCAUCACCCUAUUGGGAAGCAUUUGAAAAAUCAAACAAAACUGAAAAACCCGAUUGGAAUAGUCCAGAACUUUCGUUAUCCGAAAGACGAUUUGAUUUUGGACCAACUCACAAAAGUUUGGGUUUUGCAGCUGGUUUUAUUGGCGCAAUUAUUGCUGUUAUUCCGAUGUCAAGUUUAUUGAGAAGAUAUGGAUGUCAUAAGGUAUCUUGUAAAAAUAAAAUGAGCUGAUGAAGACGUUUUUAGGUAAUGACAGUUUCAAGCGUUGUCGCAACUGUUCUUAUUUUUUUGACUCCAAUUGUUUUAUCGUGGUCUUUUAUUGCAUUUAUAUUUUUGCGUAUUUUACAAGGUGUUACAUUUUCAAAUCUUUUCACAGUUGCUGGAAUUAUUGUAAAUGAAUGGGCGACAAUUCAUGAGAAAGGCCUCUUCAUCGCUGUAUUGUCAGGUAAAUUUUUAAAAAUAAGGAAGGACCACAAGAAUUACAAAGGAGUUAUAUUGGCUGCUGAAAGAUAAGAUACAGUUACUUAUUUUUUCUUAUCAGAGCGAAAAAAUUAAGUACAAAACUGGUUUUGUUCCAAUUUACCGAGCUUUUUUUUGCUCAACUUUAAACUCCAGUCUAUUUCAGCACAUGUUGAAAUGGGAGCUGUUUUUACAAUGCCAGUUUCUGGAGCUGUUGCAACUAGUGCUGGUUGGCCAUGGGUAUUCUACUUACACGGAAUCAUUUUGGCCAUUCUAACUUUGUUAUGGGCUUUAUAUUAUCGAGAUCGAGCAGUUGAACAUCCGUUUUUGAAACGAGAUGAGUGGAAGAAAAUUAGUUUUGGAAAGAAGAUUAAUUCCGCUGGAAAAGCUAACACGGUAAUAGAUAGAUACAAAAGUACUUUAUCGAAAUAUUUUCAGACUCCAGUCCGAAAAAUUGUUUCAUCAAUUGUUAUUUGGGGUGUUUGGAUUGCUGUUAUUGGUAACUUUUUGGUCUCUCAAUUUUCAAUUUCCUAUGCUCCAAUUUAUCUUCGUGGUGUAAUUGGAUGUGAACCAACUGAAGCUGGUCUACUUACCCUAAUUCCAAUGGCUUGUCUUUUGGUUAUCAAGUUUAGCACUGGAUUUUUCUCAGAUCGUAUCAAAUCGAUUAGUGAAUUGAAUAAAAUGAAAAUCUUCAAUUCAUUCGCUCUUCUUGGUUCCUCAAUAUUUUUUAUUAUUUUAUCAGUUUCUGAACCUGGUGGUUCAAAAGUUCUUGAUGUUGCAUUAUUAUGUGAGUUCUCUUCUCGAUAAUUCUGAAUAUUCUGAAUGUGUUUGUUUUUCAGCAAUUCCAAUGGCACUUCUCGGUUUUUCUUCUGGAGGUUAUGGAAAAUGCGCAGUUAUGGUUGCUGGACAAUAUUCACCAUUUGUUAUGUCAGUUAUUCAAAUAUUAGCAUGUGUUUCUUUAAUGGGUGGAUCAUUCUUGGUGCCAGCUCUAACACCAACAGAUCAAUUUACGGAAUGGCAACGGGUUUUUGUGAUAUAUGGAGCUGUUUUGUCGUUUGCUAAUACAGUUUUCAUCGUUUUCGCAAGGUUAGUUGAAAAAAGAAGCUAGGAAUGCGGAAUUUCAGAUUUCUGAUCCUGGUUUCGGCUAGCCGGGAGCUUUUGAAAGGCCUUUUGGAAUUCUGAAAUUUCCAUUCCGACUAGCCAAAUUGUAAACUUUUCAGAGCCGAACCAGCAAAAUGGGCACAAGAUAAAGGUGAUUUAAUGAUUAUCAAAGCAGUUAUGGGAGAAGAUAAACAUGAAGAUGAUCAGAAAGAAGAAGAAGAAGAAGAUGUUGAAAAUCAAGGAAUCUUCCGACGAAAUAUUUCGCGAGUUGCUCCUCAGAAUCAGAAUUCAGCACAAAAUAAACCUUAA